ACCUGUUCAUGUCUUAAACAGGUUCAUUGUGCCAAGUGCACAUGCAGGUAUCCUGACUGUCCCAAUCAAUCAUUUAUCUAUUGGAGACAUGCUGAAAUUUCUGUUGCUACUCUUUUCUGUGGCUGGCUUUCAUGCCAGACCUUUGCAAUAUAAUGAUCUUCGUAUCCAAAAUGGUGGAUGGGUCAUUGGAGCUCCACAACUUGUACGAGAUGGGCAAGAAUACAUGGGGAAUUCUGUAGCUGCUAAACACCCAAGACAGGACAAAAAACAGGCUGAACCUCAGUGGGAAGUUGUUCUUGCUCCAGUGCAUAAAGUAAAGAUGCAAGAUGAUAUGAAACAGAAAGCUGCUCCCAUUGAGGAACACAGACAAGACACCGAACCAUCUAAGCGUCUUGUGGUGGAUCUCAACACUGGCUUGCUAAAGGAAUACAUCGUCUACAAUCCUGUAUCCAAUGCUGAGUUCAGACAGGGCACGCAGAACUCUCGUGCUACUCUCGUGAACAUCAGAACGGGGCAACAGUUGCCUCAGCUAACAGAGAUGCAGAGAAGAGCAGAACCAUUGUCUCAGUACAGACAAGGCACAGAGUACACUGAGCCAACCUUGUUGGAGCUCAGGAACCCCCAGAUGAUGAGGAGCAUGGAGAAAGCAAACGUUAACAAACAGGAAGCCACCCACAAGUCAUACAAUCCUGUAUCCAAUGCUGAGUUCAGACAGGGCACACAGGACUCUCGUGUUACUCUGGUGAACAUCAGAACAGGGCAACGGUUGCCUCAGCUAACAGAGAUGCAGAGGAGAGCAGAACCAUUGUCUCAGUACAGACAAGGCACAGAGUACACUGAGCCAACCUUGUUGGAGCUCAGGAACCCCCAGAUGAUGAGGAGCAUGGACAAACCCAACGUUAACAAACAGGAAGCCACCCACAAAUUCUACAAUCCUGUAUCCAAUGCUGAGUUCAGACAGGGCACACAGGACUCUCGUGCUACUCUGGUGAACAUCAGAACAGGGCAACAGUUGCCUCAGCUAUCAGAGAUGCAGAGAAGAGCAGAACCAUUGUCUCAGUACAGACAAGGCACAGAGUACACUGAGCCAACCUUGUUGGAGCUCAGGAACCCCCAGAUGAUGAGGAGCAUGGACAAACCCAACGUUAACAAACAGGAAGCCACCCACAAAUUCUACAAUCCUGUAUCCAAUGCUGAGUUCAGACAGGGCACACAGGACUCUCGUGUUACUCUGGUGAACAUCAGAACGGGUCAACAGUUGCCUCAGCUAUCAGAGAUGCAGAGGAGAGCAGAACCAUUAUCUCAGUUCAGACAAGGCACAGAGUACACUGAGCCAACCUUGUUGGAGCUCAGGAACCCCCAGAUGAUGAGGAGCAUGGACAAAUCCAAUGUUAACAAACAGGAAGCCACCCACAGAUCCUACAAUCCUGUAUCCAAUGCUGAGUUCAGACAGGGCACACAGGACUCUCGUGUUACUCUGGUGAACAUCAGAACAGGGCAACAGUUGCCUCAGCUAUCAGAGAUGCAGAGGAGAGGAGAACCAUUUGAGUUCAAACAAGGCACUGAGUUCAGUCUGGUGAGCUUGAUGAAUCUUCGGAGGACAAAGAUGACAGCCAAAACCUCUGUACAGGACAUGGAAACCAACGAAGUGUUUCCUGAAUUCAAACGUGGCAUUGAAUAUUCACAAGCUCAAAGACGACACGUCAUCGAUCAACAUCGUUUCCAAGCUCUAGGAAGUAAUGAAGUGGAGAUUUCUCCAGAUUUUGGAGAGUUCGGACAUGAUACGGAAUUCAUCCAUGCCAAUUUAAUAGAUAGACGAUUCAUGGAGCGUUCUCAUGUGAAACAAAUCUAAAAUGACAGAUCUUUGAUGAAGCUGAAGAUAUUCUGAAUUGAUGGACAACAGCACACUGUGGCCUGAAAAGAGCAUUCAUUUCUUCAUAACAGUGUCAAAGUUUCUUCAGAGGAGCAAAACUAUCAAAGAUCAUCCACUGACUUGCCUAAUUCUCUGAAAUUAAUUCAAAAUGUUUUUCAACAAUAAAGAACACUAAGCAUUUCAAA